AUGAAACGUUAUUGUGUCCGCUCAACAACUCUUGCGACUUUACAGCGACUCCGAUUUCUACAAACACGUAUUGAUGCUCGAAUUAUCAAAACUGGGUUCGACACAAAUACUUAUCGUUCCAAUUUUAUCGUCGAGGAACUUCUUCGGAAAGGUCAAGUUUUUGCUGCACGUAAAGUGUUCGAUGAAAUGCCUCAGAAGAACAUGGUGUCAACCAAUACGAUGAUUUCCGGUUACGUCAAGUCUGGGGAUCUUUCCAGGGCUCGGGAGCUAUUUGACGCAAUUGUUGAUAGAACUGUUGUCACUUGGACUAUCUUGAUGGGGUGGUACUCCGGGAACAACCAGUUCGAUGAAGCUUUCAAGCUUUUUCGUGAGAUGUGCAGGUCUUGUACUCUUCCUGAUCAUGUCACCUUCGCUACGCUUUUACCAGGCUGCAAUGACGCGGUUCCGGAGAAUGUGAUGGGUCGACAAGUGCACUGUCAGGCAAUCGUUGCAACGGCUGAUUCGAUCCCUCAUGUCGGGAAUUCUUUAGUAGAUAUGUACGCAAAGUGCGAAAUGUUUGAGGAACGUGAGUUUAUAUUCAAGAGGUUAUCACAACAAAGCGUUGUUUCAUGGACUGCAUUGAUCUCAGGUUAUGUACAGAAAGGGCUUCAUGAAGCUGGGCUUAAGUUUUUCACCAAGAUGCGAGGAGCAAAUUUACGAGCAGACCAAUCAACUUUUGCUACUGUAUUGAAAGCUUCCGCUACUUUCGCGUCUUUGUUGUUGGGGAAACAACUCCACGCAUUCAUAAUCAGAUCAGGGAACUCAGACAAUGUGUUUUCUGGAUCUGGACUGGUUGAUAUGUAUGUCAAGUCUGGUUCUAUCAAAGAUGCUGUUCAAGUAUUCAAAGAGAUGCCUGAUAGAAAUGCAGUUUCUUGGAAUGCUUUGAUUUCAGCACACGCUCACAACGGAGAUGGAGAAGCAGCAAUUGGUGCAUUUACAGAUAUGAUUCACUAA